CUCUUUGCGUUUGUGGUUUAGCCCGUUCGUUCCGUUUGCCCGUUGCCACGCCCCGUUGCGGCGUGCGCCCCCAAAGCAGUCAAGACGACUUACUCGAUUAUGAAGCUCAGCUCGCCGCGCAUCAUGCAGCAGAAGCGUACCAGCAAAUCAUCCAACAUGUCCCGGGUCUCGAUGACCACCUCGACGGCGGAAGAGAAUCUGAUUGAGUCGAAGCUCUUUAGUUGGCUGCGACUCUUUCGCUUUGCCUCGCUGCUCUGUCGUGCCGAAUAGAGAAUACAUACAUAUAUAAAUACAUACUUACAUAUAUAUAUAUAUAUAAAUAUAUAAGAUAAUGAAAAUCUAUAAAACAGAUACUCGUGCUAGUUUGCCGCUUUCAAUUCAAGUUUUCCUAUUAUGCUAACAACUAAAAAAAAAAUACAAGAGCAAGAUGCAAAAAAAAAAUAAAUACAAAAUAAAAAUAUGAAAUAAAAAAUUAAAACACUUUCUAUAUUCUGCAAUGUAGACAUUAAGAAUUGGAAUUUCUUCAACUUAACAAUUUAAAUCGAUUAUUUUUUGUGUUUUCAUUUUGUUGCUUUUAACAUUCAAGAAUUAAGUCAAUUUUUAGUGUAAAUUUCGCUUUGCGGAAUUUGUCGCGCCUUUCGUACCUUUUGUAUUGUAAUAAGCAAAAUAUACAAACAAUUUUAUGAUAUAUGAGAAAAAAGAGAUCAUAAGCAAAAACAAAAAGAAUUUUAAGAAAAAUAUAAAUAUUAUUGUGUUUUUGAUUGCUUCAGUUCGAAAACAACAACAACAAAAAAGCAGCAAACAACAGUAGCAACAGCAGCAACAGCAACAAAACGAGAUAUAUUUUUGUAAUUUACAGCACUGUUUUUGCGUGUCACAAAACAGAAACCAAGUGUAUGCAAGGCAAAUAAAUAAAAACUAACUAAAUGCUAAAAACGCAAUAUACUAACAAUAAUAAUGGUAAAAGAAAUAAUGAAUAUAUAUGAAAAAAAAAAAUAUAAAUAUAUAUAUAUACAUAUACAUAUAUAUAGAGAAUCAUAUAUUUACAGAUUUCAACUCGAUGCGAGCAAAAUGCGCUUAACCAACACUUAAAAUACUUAUAGAAAAAAUAAAAUAAAAUAAAGAAACCAAAACUAUUCAAACAAAUGACAAAAGCUUCCCCCAACUUAAAGUAAUUGUAAAUUGCAUUUAAUCCAAAGAUGUUGCCAAUCCAAUGUAGAUGAAUUUGUCAAAAUAAAACAAAACAAUAAUAGUUCAAAAUGCAA